AUGGAACCAAAGAAUUCACAGCCUACAGUGAAAUCCGGAGAAGGUUCUGUAAUGGUUUGGGGAUGUAUGAGUGCUCAGGGUGUUGGAAACUUGCAAUUUAUUGAUGGAAUUAUGAACCAAUAUAUUUAUUUAAAUAUUUUGAAGACAAAUCUUGCAGCUAGUACCGAAAAAAUGGGCAUCAAAGAUGAUUUCAUAUUUACACAGGACAAUGAUCCCAAGCAUACUGCAAAAAAAGUUAAGGCCUGGUUGUUGAACAAUGUAACUGAAUAUCUUGUAACGCCACCACAGUCUCCAGACAUUAAUCCUACUGAGAGUUUGUGGGAUUGUUUGGGCAGAAAAAUUCAAGAUCACAAUAUUUCAAGUAAGGAAACUCUAAAAAAAACUCUAGAAGAGGAAUGGAAUAAAAUCACAGCAGAAACAACACGUCAUCUGGUUGAUUCAAUGUCUAAGAGGUUGGAGGCUAUAAUAAGGUCCAAAAGCUACCCUACAAAGUACCAAAUACGGUUGUACAAUAAUUUAANUUUGUUAUUGAAUAUUAUUAUUAAUAUAACUGUUGUCAUGGUUUUUUUUUUUAAAUUUAAUUAAAAAUCGUAAAAGAAUAAUAUGCAUGUAUUAAUUCAUCGAGAAAAAUAAAAUAUCAUGAAGAAAAAUUAAUAUUUAUUUAAAAAUGUAUAAUGUACGAAUACUUUUUACACUCACUGUAUACAUUGUUGACAAAGCAUCAACUGAACUUCGCUUAGAAUCGUUUUUUCGUAAGCAAUGGUUUUAUUAUUACUUACAGGUAUACAUUAAAUUAUCUAUAACAGUGGCUGCACCCUCCCCCAUUAUCCUAGGACGUCUUUUUUAUAACACUUUCGUACUUUUCUUUUAUAUUCUGAACGUAGCGAGAAAUGUCUGUAAUGUUUUACUAUAUUUUGAUGUGUGUGUGUUUUGUUUUCACUCUGUAAACAACUUUUCUACCAGUAAUCUUUCUCCGACCAUUAAUAUGAUCUCUUCUAAAAGCAAAUUUCGUCUAGUUAUAGUACUUUGAGAAGCACACACAAGAGUAUUUAUACUUUUGAAGCCCCGGGGCAUUAUACAUUGGCACCCGUUCAAAAAACAAAAACAAAAAUCGCAUGUUGCUAUAUUAAAUUUAUAACUUUAUAUGAGAUUAUUUAUUGAUUUUUGUUGUAGUUGUUUAAACAACAAUCGGGGAAAAAGUGUAUUAAACAAAUUUAACCAAACUACCAUUCAGAAUCAGUUUUCAUUUGCAUCGAUUCACCAUUGA